AUGCCGCCUCUCGCCCGCCCAGUCUCGUCCGCCGACUUGCGAUCGCACAAUGGACAACUCCCGGCUGCACCUGCUCCUGAUGGCCAAGGACACGCUGGGCGCGGCCUGUCGCUCAAGAUUGGCAUCGAACGGAAUGCCUACGUCUCUGGACAACAAAUUAAGGGCGUACUUGAGCUGAGCGUCCGCGACAAACGGAUCGCACUCGGAGAGGUCGGGGUCGAGUUCACGGCGCACGAGCAACUGCGCUCGCGCGACCACACCUCGACUCGACGCCUCCUCUCGACUCGCCUCGACUUCCAGGGCAACGGUCUUCCUCCCUCGAAUGCCGUCGUCCCCGGUUCGCGACCCAUACAAUCCGCGUUCUACCCAGCCCUUCCCGGCCGGACCCGCUUCGCCUUCGUCUUCAAUGUUCCAGCCAACAUGCCUUCAUCCUGCUCGCUCGGCUCGAACGCGACAACUCGGUACGAGCUUCGAGCGUUCGCGAGCUCGCUGCUCGAGGGCAACAUCGACAUUCGCAGCGAGAAGAUGGAGGUGCAGGUCGUCGAGCGAUGGGCAGAGUGGCGGGAGGGACCGUGGCAAAAAGGCAGUGAGCGGAAGGCGGCGGAGAAGCUCGCUAUGGGUGGAGAUGGCCAGCUCGAGUUGACGGCUCAGCUGGGCAUGGGAGACUGGGCGGAGAAGCCGGCGAGGCUGUUCUGGCGAGGCGACCACGACAUGGAGGUGUCUGGCAAGACCAAGAUCGAGGUCAACGCCAGGGUUCGCAACAUGAGCAAACGGCAUGUCACCGGCUUCAAGCUUUCGCUUCAUCGCCGCCUGCGCAUCCUGUAUCCCGAGGGAACGCGUCCCCUCGUCGAACCUCCCGUCGUCUCGACCGUCAUCGCAACGGAGCGCUUUCACGGCAUCGACUACGACGUGCGAAGCCAAGGCGAGCGAGCUGUCGUCCUUGGAAUGUCGGUCCCGCCUGACGAGUGCUGGACGGUGCGGAAAGGAACGCUUUUCGAGCUGGACGUCGUGCUGAGGGUCGAGGUCGAGUGCGGGUUUCUGCAGAAACCCCUUGCGGUUGACAUCCCCAUCUGGGUUGCGCACCCGCUCUCCCUGCCCAACUCCGCCCACCGCUUCGCAGCCGACGAGCGAGCUCGUAUCGCACCUGCACCUGCACCUGCACCCGCUUCGACCGAGCCAAGCAUCCCUUACUCCCCAUCGACCAUCGGCGCCUCCUCUCCAGCAUCAUACCACGCCCUUUCUCCCGAACCUUUCGCUCCUGCUUUCGCCGACCAGCUGCCUCUGCCCGGAACACCCGCUCCUCGGUCAGCUCACUAUGCGGAAUCGACUAUCUCGAUGUCCUCGGCCGUUUCUUCGUCCGCGAUUUACCCGCACUCCAGGCCCGCUCCGUCUUUCCCUCCGCCGCCAGUCGCUGCUGCCGAGUUCUGCGACCCCGUGCCGUCGGCCCUCCAGCAUAACGCCCCCAACGGCUACGUCGCCUUCGAUCCUCGCGUCCCAGACCUGAGCGUAUCUGGCUUCAUGGGCGGCAUGCAGCACCAGCAGGCGUUUUCGACUCCGCCUCCUCCUCCUUCCCUCGUCGGAUAUGCUCCUCCCGUCUCGCAUGCACCUCCGCCCGGCGUCAGCCCAGUCGCCCAUCACUACGCCGUACGACCGCCCUCCCGCGCUUACACACUCCCGGCCGAUCUCAACUUGACGCCUUACGAACUCGAGCAAGUACAAGCCAACAUCGCGCCUCUCGAGCCGUAUGUCGCUGCAGAGCGCGCGCACCACGACCCGAGGACCGGCAGCAACCUCCCGUACCUGCAUCAUCACGCUCUGCGGCAGAACAGCGCACCUCCCUCCGGACACGAGCCGGCUUCAACGACCCCGCCGACCCCGCCUCGACCCUGUCCCAGCCCGGUUCCCUCUCACCGCCAGCUCGAGGAUUCGGCGGCGAUGCCUCCUCCGCCCCCUCGCUCGCGUACGCCUCUUCGUACCCCUCCUCCGGCUGCGCCCUCCUCCCACUUCCGCCAGUCUCCCUCGCCUUCACCUUCUCCCGUCGAGUCAACCUUCGUCGCAGCCCUCGCGCCGACUGCUUCCGGUCUGCUCGAGACGAUCGGCGAGGACGGCGAGUCGCAGGCCGGUACGGCUCGCAGCGCGAUGCUUCCUGCUGGGAUGGCAGAUGCGCUGAAGGUCUCACAGGACGGCGACGAGGAUGUCAAAAGCUUCACGUCGGCGAACAAUCCGGGCAGGAACAGCGUGCAGGACCUUGAGGAUUUCGUUGAGCAGGAGGAACGGAGGGCGGAGGAGGCUCGCGCGGCGAAUAGUCCGAAGAGCGCAGAGGUUGCAGAAGCCGUCGAAGAGAAGCAGCUUCCGCCUUUGCCUGCACGUUCCCAGGAGGAGGCCAUCCGACCGAAGGCGCAGGACAUCUUCGCUUCGCGAUCAGCCGACUUGACGCCCACCUCUCCUCCUCUUAUUCCUUUCCCUUCGUCGCCCUCUCCGUCGAACCCGCCGAAGCGCGACGUAGGCGGCUUGUCGGCCCUCGAAGCCCGCCUCGCUCGACCAGUCACGCCCGACUUGACCGCCCUGUCCCUCUCGUCUCGCUCGCCUUCGCCCAUCAAGCCUAGCAGAGCGCCUUCGCCGUCUUUGCACGCGCCUAAUGCGGCACCAACAAGCGCACUUCGGGCACGCAGCAUCAGCCGUGCGAGCCGGUAUCGGGAGAUUCAGGCGCAGGUCGAGCAGGUCGAGGCCAACCCGACUGAGGCAGUUCGCCAGGCCGUGCAGAAGGCACCGUGGGCACAGCAGGCCAUCGCUUCGCCUGCCGCAUCAUUACCGCCACCCGAGGCGAGCGCAACGACGACUGUAACGAAGGAGAGGCCGCGCCCGCUCACGCUUGCCGAGCCACCUCGACCCUCGCAGCCGGCAGUCUCGCCCCCCUCGCCUCGCCGAGCUCUUCCCACACCGCCUUUGCAAGCCCCUAACGCUGGUGCCGCCCAUCCUCAGCCGCCAUCGUCUGCAUCUCCGCUUCCGUCCGCGCCAAUCUCGCCAACGAAGUCGUCGAAUCGUCCCGUCUUCACCACGAGGAAGCCCGUGCCUGAGACGAUUGCGACCGAGUCUUCGCCCGCAGCCAAGAAGCCGGCCUCGCCUUGGUCCAGCAAAGCCGCCUCGCCCUCGCCUUGGUCGUCUGCUCGCCUCCAGCCGCAAGCGGCAACCACUCCCGCGCGAUCGCCGUCUCCGGCAUCGCUCGAUGCGCCUGUCUCGCCUGUCUCGCCAGUCAACGUUUCCGGUCGCAAGGUCGUGGAUGUGGUUGAGGUCAAGGAGCUCAAGCGUGAUGCUGUCGACCGAGUUACUGGCUGGCUUCGCGACAGCGGCAGCCCAGAUGCGGACGUCGCUCCACCGCCGUCGCAGCCGGAGAGGACGGCUUUCCAGUCCUCCUCGCGGAACAAGCGCUUCACCGUCGACUUCGGCCGGCCUGCUCCGUCUCCGCCUUCGUCCGUUGGUACCGAGGAGACGCGGCAAGAGCCGACUGUUGCGCAGCUCCUUGCGGCUGAAAAUCGCGCAGCUCUCCGACAGAUCCAGCAGAGCGCGCCUACCGGUCUCAAGCCGUCCUCUGCGGUCAAGAAGGGCUUGGAUGGCUACCUGGCCUCGCUCGAGCACGACGCGCAAGUCAGCAAGGACGAGCUCGCCCACAGGUCGGCCAAGGCGACCAAGCCGGGCAAGGUCAGGAGUGUUGCAUCGAUCUGGGCAGAGCGGGUGGAGGAAGCAGACCGCGAGAAGACUGCUUCUCCACCUCCGAAGCUGCACAAGCCGAGCAAGUCGAUGUCGUCCAUCCAGCUUAGCGACGCUCCGUCUCCCGCCUCGAAGCCCCUCACGCCGCACAACUCGGCGACACCGACUCGCGCACGUCCGGCCUCGCUUCAGCCAUCUCCCGCACAGGACAGGUCGUCUCCUGCUGCGCCCUUCCUCAACACGACCAUCGGGCGUCCCGCUCCUUCCUCCGCCUCUCGGUCAAUCCGCAUACCGGGUGCCACGAUGACGGCGUCGGAGAGUGCCCCGACUGGGCUGGCGGCAUCGACCGGGCGCAGCAACAAGGUCGCCAACCUCCUCGCGCGCUACCAGCAGCAGAUCGCCUAG